AUGGAGAACAGCGAGCUUUUCACCUUCGAGUCUCAUGAGACAGCAUUAUGCGCCAUCCCACCCCAAGAACUAUGGUCAUCAGCGGAUAAUCUCAGAAGUCUUUACGACAAAGCUUAUACUGCUUGGCCACCUCAUAUCAAUAUCAUCUACCCAUUCGUUAGGCCUGAAGUCUUGGAGCAGGCAGCCCAAAUUCUUCAAGGGAAUGAGAUAGAGCAUCGACCUCAAGUGGUCCUCGACACUGCCGACUCUUUCAACCACAAGCACCACAACACCAUAUUCCUAGGCCAAAGUUCGAAGCAAGAUGUCAAACAACUUUCAAAUAUCAAAAAUCACAUCUCACAUGCUCUUGGCCAACCUCAGAAUGCUACGGAGGAGAACUUCACCCCCCAUAUGACCAUUGGCCAGAGUGAAGAUGCUGAAGCUGCACCCCAUCAUUUCCUCCUAGAAAAGGCUCGUCUCCUGACACCUAUAACAUGGGAAUUAAAGGAAAUCUCAAUUCUUGUUCGUGAGCCCCUCGCACAGAGCGGCACUGGUCCACGACCUAUGAAGCUCUGGGGGACCUUGAACCUCGAAUCAGGCAAGUUCACUCAGAUAACACCCCCUCGAGAUUUCAACGACCGUCUGGAAGACAUGUCACGUAUAUCAUUUCAGCCAGCUCAUUGCUUCUCGCCUGUACCCACGCCAGAUACAACCGAGGUCGUGCUGGAUCGAUUAGUCGUUACUUCUUACAAUGUUUUGGCUGAGUUUGAGUGGCCUCCUCAAUCCCAUCGACAUGCGCCAUUGGUGCAAAACCUACUAUCUCCUCAAGCCGCUGCCGACAUUGUUGUCCUUGAAGAGGUUACAGACCACUUCCUCCCUGACCUCCUUGGCAGCCAGGAACUGCGGGAUCGUUAUCCCUUCGUCUCCCACAAGCCCCCAGGAGACGCAGGGGCUGGGCCACUUCCUAGUCUUCUCAACAUCGUUGUGCUGAGCAAGUUUCCGUUCGAGUGGCAUCAUCUGUCAUUUCAAAGGAAACAUAAGGGAUGCGCCGUGGUGCGGUUCCCAACCAUUGGCACUCGUGAAACCUCGGACGGAGAGUUCAAGUCUUGGAUCCUUGUAGCAUGCCAUCUCAGUCAAGGUCUGACUGAUGGAGCCAUUGCUACUAAGAAGAAUGAGGUUCAAAAGAUGCUUGACUAUCUAUUCACAACCUUCCCACAGAACCCAUGGAUAUUGGCAGGCGAUUUCAAUAUUGUAACUUCUUCUUUUACUAUCGAAUCUGCCCGAAAACGACAGGAUAUAUCGUCGCAAUCAGCCCACCGACUGCGAGAUAUCGACCGGUCAUUGUCAGAUGCUGGCUUCAUUGACACCUGGCUAACCACGCGCCUCGAGUCAGGCGAGUCUUCAGACAUGAACAAUGAAAGAAGAGGUGUUCUGGACUCUUUUCAAGGCGAACAAGGAGCUACUUUUGACCCGCUGACGAAUACCUUGGCGUGUGAGCUCGUUGGAAGCGGACUGAACAACCGACCACAAAGAUAUGACAAGAUACUGGUAAAGGCACACGGACACUACCGCCCACAUGGCUUCAACAUGUUUGGGCAAACGCCAUUCCCAUCAACCAAAGAAGGCCAUCUCACUUAUCCUAGCGACCACUGGGGUAUACGAUGUCUUCUGUUGAAAUCAGCGCCGACUGACAUGUCGAAGUCAAGUGCUUCAGAAAUGAAGAUAGAACUACAGCGCCCCGUGUCAAGUUUAGUCGAAGGCGAGGAUCUGGAACAUUUCUUGGAGAACUACGGCUGCCUACCAACAGAUCAGGAGAGAGCCACACGAGCUCAAGCAGUUAAAGCCUUAGAGGCCGCUCUGAAAGACGCCUCUCCAUCAGUAUCAGAGGGCGAUGUUCGAUCUGGACCUGAAUUUGUUCUGGUUCCUGUCGGUUCAUACGGUCUGGGUGUCUGGACUAGUUCAUCUGAUAUUGACUGCCUCUGUAUCGGUCCUUUCAGCUCCAAGACAUUCUUUAAGUUGGCCAUUCAACGUUUAAAACGUGCGGCAGAUAUUAAAAUCUUACGACGAGUCAAAGCCAACUCCGGGUACAUGCUGGAACUAGAAGUUCAUGGUAUCAAGACAGACCUCCAGUAUUGUGCUGCGGCGUUUAUCGCAGAAAGAUGGCCUGAAGUUAUGAAGCGUCCGGCCAACGAUCCGGCGUUUGCUUUGCCAUUCCAAACAUUGGCGAAACUCAAACCUGUUCGCGAUCUUUUCUAUCUACGCCGUUCACUACCGGACAUGGUUCUGUAUCGCAUGGCACACCUGUUCAUCAAGUCCUGGGCUCAAGAAAGAGGCAUCUAUUCGGCCAAAUUUGGGUUCCUUGGUGGUAUUCACAUCAGUGUCCUUCUUGUCCCAGUCUGUAAAGCACUGGCGUACGAGAACGAAACGGUGUCACCGACAGACAUCAUAGUUACCUUCUUCAGACACUACUCUCAGUUUGACUGGAAGAACUCGAUGGUGUUUGAUCCAUUCUUCCACAAGGACUUGAGGUACAACCGGACUUUCAGAGAGCCUCUCUGUUUGAUCGGUUGGCACGCUCCCGCGCUCAACACCGCUCCGAUAGCAUCUGUACCAACUGUGAAGACUAUUGCAGCGGAGUUUGAGCGUGCCAAUAAGUUACUUUCUGUGGAUGGCUGUACAUGGAAUAGCCUAUUAGGCCUUGAGUCUAGUCAGGAUGCCAAGAGAAGCAGAGGAGCUGCAGAAUUCCUGCACGAGUUCAAGACUUACAUCAAGGUUGAUGCACAUUAUUGGGGGCCAUCACAGGAAAAGAGUGGCCGCUUCAUUGGCUGGCUCGAAUCUCGUUGUGUUAUGUUGCUAGUCGUGCUACAGGAUUUUGAAACCAGGAUUCGCCGCGAUGAGAAGUACUACGAUUCUCAAUUCUGCUGGAUGAGCGCAAUCGUUGUUCGAGGCUCCGAGCUUGGUGAAAUGGCUGUCGAUACAAGGCCGUGGGGUGAGUUCGCUGGUGAUACAGACGACGAAGAUUCGGACGAUGAACUCGAAGAGGAUGAAGAACUCGACAAUGACGAAGAGGAGCUGAAAGGGAAGAGCAGUACGGUUGCAUCCCACGGGUCCCGGGCUGCAGUGGUAGGCAAAGCGCCUGGACUUGGUAAGUUUCGCACAGCUGCCGAUAUGCUCAACCGGCUACGAUGGGACACCAACUUUGACCCAAGCGACUACAUUAUUGGGUACGAAGACCGUUUUCUAGGAGCUCGCGAAAGAGCAGUGGAACAGUGGAAGAGCGAACAGACUGACGAGGAGUUCAUUCCCCAACACCGAAUACUGUACUUCAAGCGUAGAGCUGACAAUGCCAUUGUAUGGGAGCGCCGAACCCGUGUCGAUGAUAUCUUUGGCAGCGGCAUCAAGAAGCAAGCAACCAAUACCUGA